AUGAAUUUAGAAGGGGCAGGUGCUGCUAAACGUUUAAUGCUUUUUCAAACUGGUCCUGGUCCGUCAUCAGAUGUCUUACUUGAAGCUUAUGCAAGUGCUUUCAAACAACCAUUUGCCAGUGUUUUGGGAGAAGAUGUGUUCCAGUUCGGACUAGUGCCGUCGGACACAGAUUACAGAAUAUUUCGUGACUAUGGGCUUGUCCCAGGGUUAGAUCUUGCGUAUAUACAAGACGGUAUAUGGCAGCAUAAUACUUUAGAUUACUUCUAUUCUUUAGAAACCGACUUUUUUGAUUCUGGUGUAUUUUUAAUAGCACUUCAGUCAUUUUUGUUGUCUUUAAUUAAUGCUCCUUCAUCAUACGUUUAUACAUUCUGGGUUGCGUUUGGGCUUAUAUUUAAGAUGUCUGAUAUUCGAAAUGCUUCACCAAUCAAACUAAAAUUUUGUCAGACCGUCCGUUUUGUUUCAUUCUUAGCCGUUACUUCAAUGCAUACAUAUAACCUUAAUUUAUUUCUUAACUUUAUGAUACCGAUUAUGGGACGUUCGGGUCAUGCUAUCAAACCAGAUUUAUUCCUUUCUUGUUGUAUAUUUAUCAUCAUGCUACCUGUGAUGCUUCCAUCCCUAGGACGGCUACAAUGCACCUCGAGAACUGGAAGUAAAUAUCUUUUCUUGAUGUUGCUAAAUGCUUGCUUGUCGUAUGCAAUCCUCAUUCAUGCAUCAAAUUAUGGAUUCCCGUAUAGUAUCCAGCCAUCUCCAAAUUUUUCAAACCCUCUUGUCAGUCCAAGAUUCUCCUGA